CAGGUGGGGCCAAGGGUGCCAGUGUCUGAGGCUCCAGUUCCCUCCCCACCCCUGUCCCCGCCCCAGUCCUCCUCCUGACCCUUUUCCUCUUGGCCCCGUCAAAGGCAGUUCCCCUAAGACCCAGCAGUGCCCUCCAACCACAGCUCUGGGCUGUUCCCCACCCCACCCCCAACUUGAACCCCUACCUCAGGCUUCCGGACCUCGGGACUCUCCCUGGGGCUCCCUGCUGCAGCCCACCCCUCUGGACCAGGAGAGCCACCCAGACCCGAGAUCCCGCCACGUGUGCCGCAGGCAGGAUGCGGGCCAGGGCCAGGCCGGGGCUGCAGCUGGUGCUGCUAAUGCUGCUGGUGCUGGGGACACCCCGGACAGGGGUGCAGGGGGAGGAAGGGCUGGACUUCCCUGCGUACGAUGGUGUGGACCGUGUGGUCAAUGUCAACGCAAAGAACUACAAGAAUAUCUUCAAGAAGUAUGAGGUGCUGGCACUGCUCUACCACGAGCCGCCCGAGGAUGACAAGGCCUCCCAGAGACAGUUUGAGAUGGAGGAGCUGAUCCUGGAGCUGGCGGCCCAAGUCCUAGAAGACAAGGGUAUUGGCUUUGGACUCGUGGACUCUGAGAAGGAUGCGGCUGUAGCCAAGAAGCUGGGGCUAACGGAAGAGGACAGCAUUUAUAUCUUUAAGGGAGAUGAAGUCAUCGAGUAUGACGGAGAGCUUGCUGCUGACACCCUCGUGGAGUUUCUGCUCGAUGUCCUGGAGGACCCAGUGGAGCUGAUUGAGGGAGAAAGAGAGCUUCAGGCCUUCGAAAACAUCGAGGAUGAGAUCAAGCUCAUCGGUUACUUCAAGAACAAAGACUCAGAGCAUUACAAAGCCUACGAGGACGCCGCAGAGGAGUUCCAUCCCUAUAUCCCCUUCUUCGCCACCUUUGACAGCAAGGUGGCAAAAAAGUUGACCCUGAAGAUGAAUGAAAUUGACUUCUAUGAAGCCUUCAUGGAUGAGCCGGUGACCAUCCCAGACAAGCCCAACAGCGAGGAGGAAAUCGUCAGCUUUGUGGAGGAGCACAGGAGAUCAACCCUGAGGAAGCUGAAGCCUGAGAGUAUGUAUGAGACCUGGGAGGACGACAUGGACGGAAUCCACAUUGUGGCCUUUGCCGAGGAAGCAGAUCCUGACGGCUACGAGUUCUUAGAGACCCUCAAGGCCGUGGCCCAGGACAACACCGACAACCCUGACCUGAGCAUCCUCUGGAUCGACCCUGAUGACUUCCCUCUGCUGGUUCCAUAUUGGGAGAAAACGUUCGACAUCGACCUGUCAGCCCCCCAAAUAGGAGUCGUCAAUGUCACCGAUGCGGACAGCAUAUGGAUGGAGAUGGACGAUGAGGAGGACCUGCCUUCAGCCGAUGAGCUGGAGGACUGGCUGGAGGACGUCCUGGAAGGCGAGAUCAACACAGAGGAUGACGACGACGACGAUGACGACGACUAGCUGCCACAGGGCGUCUCCAGAGCCACCUGCCAUCCUCUCACCCCCUUGCUUCCCACCCUGUCUUCAGUUUCUCUGGGGUCCCUGGCUUGUUGUCUGCCACAGGGACCUGUGGGAUCCCCCUAGAUCCUCCAGCUGUUGAGGGAAGACACCCCUUCCAUCACAUCGGUCCGGCCACCUCCCAGCAGCUGUUUCCUAUUCCCCACGCCCCGCACCUGUGAUUUCGUGCCUAUCACGCCCCUUGUUCUUUCUGGUGCUUUUCCUCUUGCCUUAUCUGUGGACCCAUUUCACUUGGAUUCCCUCCACCUGUGGCAAACCCUACUGCCCCUCGACUCCCAUCCUUCUGACUGCCCUACCUGGAGGGAGGGAGGCCCUAUGUUUGGGUCUGUGUCUUGGCAAUCUCUCAUUAAUGUAUUUGGGUCAAAAGAGAGGCUUCAAUAAAGGAUCUG